CGCCAUAUUUUGGCCGCCGCCGCUACCACCGGAGCCACCGCCGCAGCCGCCGCGAUGGAAAACUAUCGAAUGAAGAGCUACAAGAACAAAGCCCUAAAUCCCGAGGAAAUGCGCAGGAGGAGGGAAGAGGAGGGGAUUCAGCUGCGCAAACAGAAACGAGAGCAGCAGCUCUUCAAAAGAAGGAAUGUGGAGCUGAUCAAUGAAGAUGACUCCAUGUUUGACAGUCUCCUGGUGGAUUCCUACGUUACUUCCACAACGUGUGGGGAGGGAUUGAUCACAGGAGAGAUGGUAGAGAUGCUUUUCUCAGAUGACCCUGACCUACAGCUAGCAACCACUCAGAAAUUCAGGAAAUUACUCUCCAAAGAACCAAAUCCUCCAAUAGAUGAGGUGAUAAACACUCAGGGAGUGGUGGAGAGAUUCGUGGAAUUCCUGAAAAGAAGUGAAAAUUGCACAUUACAGUUUGAGGCUGCGUGGGCCCUGACCAACAUCGCCUCAGGGACUUCCCAACAAACCAAAAUAGUCAUCGAGGCUGGGGCAGUUCCCAUAUUUAUAGAGCUCUUAAACUCUGACUUUGAGGAUGUUCAGGAGCAGGCUGUCUGGGCGUUGGGGAACAUUGCUGGAGACAGCUCUGUGUGUAGAGAUUACGUCCUUAACUGUGCCAUUCUUCCUCCCUUAUUAAUGCUCCUUACCACGUCCACCAGGCUGACAAUGACACGAAAUGCUGUCUGGGCCUUGUCAAACCUGUGCAGAGGGAAGAGUCCACCUCCUGAAUUUGAUAAGGUGUCCCCCUGCCUGCCAGUGUUGUCCCGAUUGUUGUUCAACAGUGACUCUGACCUGCUGGCAGACGCGUGCUGGGCUCUGUCCUACCUGUCCGAUGGUCCCAACGAGAAGAUCCAGGCUGUGGUGGACUCAGGGGUGUGCAGGAGGCUGGUGGAGCUCUUAAUGCACAACGAUUACAAAGUGGCCUCUCCAGCUCUUCGAGCAGUUGGCAACAUCGUGACAGGGGAUGACAUCCAGACCCAGGUGAUUCUAAACUGCUCAGCCCUGCCUUGCCUCCUCCAUUUAUUGAGCAGUCCCAAGGAAUCCAUCAGGAAAGAGGCAUGCUGGACCAUAUCCAACAUCACAGCAGGGAACAGAGCACAAAUCCAGGCAGUCAUAGAUGCCAACAUUUUCCCAGUGCUGAUUGAAAUCCUGCAGAAAGCAGAAUUCCGCACGAGGAAAGAGGCAGCCUGGGCCAUCACCAAUGCCACAUCAGGAGGGACUCCAGAGCAGAUCAGGUACCUGGUGAAUUUGGGUUGUAUCAAACCUCUGUGUGACCUGCUGACUGUCAUGGACUCCAAGAUUGUUCUGGUGGCAUUGAAUGGGCUGGAAAACAUCCUGAGGUUGGGAGAGCAGGAAGCCAACCAGAGUGGGUCUGGGAUCAACCCCUACUGCAGCCUGAUUGAGGAGGCCUAUGGUUUGGAUAAAAUCGAAUUCCUCCAGAGCCAUGAGAACCAAGAGAUCUACCAGAAAGCCUUUGAUUUGAUUGAGCACUAUUUUGGGGUGGAGGACGACGCAGGUGUGGCUCCCCAGGUGGAUGAGAACCAGCAGCAAUACAUCUUCCAGCAAUCCGAGGCUCCCAUGGAAGGAUUCCAGCUAUAAUCCUGGGGAAAACCCUCAAAAAAGAAAAAAAAAAAAAAAAAGAAAAAGAAAAAACAAAACAACAAAAAAACCCCACAACCCCAAAUAAACCACCACAGACUUUCUGGAAAGUUUGGGAGAGGAAGCUGCUGGGAAGGCUGGAAACCCACACCACCUGUUUUAGGAAAACUCAACAAAUACAAGCAGCACUCCUGGAGAAAAGGGGAAUUUUUCUGCUCUUUGUUUCUUUGGGCUGCUGCUCACGUUGUUUUUGGAGGCAGGAAGGACACAGAGGUGACAGGUGGCACCUCUUGGUGGCUUCUUCUUUGUGGUGGUGUCUCCCCAAUGCAGUUUUUACCUCGGGUACUCCAGCCUUGGGUUGGGUGAGGACACAGAGAGGAGGAAGCAGUUGUGGCCACAGUAAUUCUACAAAACGUGGGUUGAUCUAUUUAAUUUUUUUCUUAUUUUUUUUGUUUUGUUUUCUGCUUUUUGGUUGGGUUUUUUUUGUUUUUCACGUUAUUCUUUAUUAAAGACUCUUUAACAUGCCAAGAGCAAAGUUUAGCCCUGGCCUUCCUCCUUCAGUUGAACAGUCCUGGUGAUCCCAGGACCAGUUCCCUGAUGAAAAAUACUGAAAAUGGACAGAAAAACGAGAAGUUCUCACUGCUGGGAAGUUUUUGUUUGUUUUUUUUUUUCUUCCUGCUGCUUCCCUUUCUCUAGAUUUUUUGUUUGUUUGUUUGUUUUUUUUUUAAGAACUGCUAGUGCUAUUUCCAAGGAUUAAAAACACCAACAACAAAAAAGCAACAAGAGCCCAAAGAUGGGAACUGGGGUGGAUUUUUUUGGAGCAGGAAGCACAGCUGCUGUUGCACAGGUUUGGUUUGCAUUGUACUGACUGAUCUCAGAGCUCUGACAUGCUGAAACCCACCUUCAUCUUUACUUGAAAUACUUUUAUUUGCCAUGAGAAACAUGGGCUGAAUUCUGGGUUUUUUCCUGCCUUGGGGUGGUUUGGCGUGGAGGAAGCUUUGGCUCCACCUGCCAGCGGUGAUGGGAGCUCCAACAGCACCAAGGUUUUCAGGUUUACCUCCUGCUCACAGUCGGAUAAUGCACAUUGUACUUCCAAAAAAAUGGCAAAUUUCUGUAUUUUUUAUAUUAUAGAGAGGGAGAUAUUUGUCUAAUUGGGCCACAGAGAAGAAAAAUAUAUCUUGAAAUUUCUGUAAUUGCUGUAACUAAGCACUGUGAGGCAGGCACACCUGGAAACCCCCCGGGCUCAGGGGUGUCCUGCUGCUCCUCCUGCUCCUUCCCAUGCCCUGGGGCAGAACGCGGAGCUUCCCUCGGCGCCUUUGGAGUGACUUUGCCGCUAUUUCAGUGAAAAACCGAGGAGCCAACACCGAGCUCGGGGGUGCGGGGGGCGAGCUGAGCCCUUGUUGUGGAACGAAUAAAGUCCACCUGUGCAGGUG